AUGCAUGCAGAAGUUUGUUGAUGCACUAUGAUUACACAGGGAUUUGCAGCAGAGUCUGCCAGCUACUUUGAGGCAACUCUGCAGUUCCAACCUGGCUUUGAGCCGGCUGCAGAGCGACUUCAGGCUGUUCGUUGCAUCACUCUCCUCAAACACAUCCAGAAUGAAGAGGGAGAAGGAGGAGAAGAGACAGCGGGAAUAUGAAGCAGAACUGGAAAAGCAACUUUACGAGCACAGAAAGAAGCUGGGACACUUUGACUGAGGCGCCAUUAGUAUAGCUGAUCAUGAAGUGUUCCCACCACUGCAUAA